AUGGCAGCCAUGAUGCUGGGGAUGAUCGGGCUGGGGAAGAAGAACCAGAACACACAGGUCAACCCAGAGGGUUUGUAUAUAUGUGUAUAUUUGAGUAUAUAUUUGAGUAUAUAUUUGAGUAUAUAUUUGCUGUAUUUGCUCCCCAGGCUGAUAUUUCCGGGAGUGAAGCUGACGUCAGAUAAACAGUUCACGGGCUUCCUGGAUGGAUUAGGCCCCGCCCAACUGGCUGGCCGCCAGACUCUGGCCACGCCCCCUUUGGGUGAUAUCCAGAUCGGGAUGGUGUACAGGAAGGAGCGUCUGGACGUGGAGGUGAUCCGAGCCCGCGGGCUUGUGGGUAAACAAGGCAACAAGAACACUCCAGCUCCCUAUGUGAAGGUCUAUCUGAUGGAUAAUGGGAAGUGUGUGUUGAAGAGGAGAACUCGUCUGGCGAGGAAAUCUCCCGAUCCUCUUUACCAACAACAGCUGCAGUUUGAAGAACACCCCGAAGGGAAAGUAGUGCAGAUCAUCGUGUGGGGUGACUACGGGCGGAUGGAUCAUAAAUCCUUCAUGGGAGCCGCUCAGAUCCUAUUGGACGAUCUGGACCUGUCCCAAAUGGUGAUUGGCUGGUUUAAACUGUUUCCUGCCACAUCAUUGGUGGACGCCGCCUUGGCCCCGCUGACCAAUAAGGAGACAGAGGGAAAGGUGUAGCGUCAGGAAGGUUCUCCGAGCUUUAAACAAACUGAGCAUGCUCCAAACACACAGUGGAACUACAACUCCCAGCUAACAGUGGAACUACAACUCCCAGUUAACAGUGGAACUACAACUCCCAGCUAACAGUGGA